AUGUGUCAAGACAAGGACACGUGCCAAGACAAGGACACGUGUCAAGACAAGGACACGUGCCAAGACAAGGACACGUGCCAAGACAAGGACACGUGUCAAGACAAGGACACGUGUCAAAACAAGGACACGUGCCAAGACAAGGACACGUGUCAAGACAAGGACACGUGUCAAGACAAGGACACGUGCCAAGACAAGGACACGUGUCAAGACAAGGACACGUGCCAAGACAAGGACACGUGUCAAGACAAGGACACGUGUCAAGACAAGGACACGUGUCAAAACAAGGACACGUGCCAAGACAAGGGCACGUGCCAAGACAAGGACACGUGUCAAGACAAGGACACGUGUCAAGACAAGGACACGUGCCAAGACAAGGACACGUACAAAGACAAGGACAACCAAGUUAAUGUAACAAUUGACAAAUUAUGGAGUACAUGA